AUGUCUCUUUCUGGAAAAGUGUUCACAUUGUCCAACGGCAACACCAUUCCUGCUGUUGCUUAUGGUACUGGUACCAAGUGGUUCAAGUUGGGCCGCGAUGAGAUCGAUACCAACUUGGUAGACACAUUGAAGUUGGCAUUGGCCAAGGGUUUUGUUCAUAUUGAUGGAGCCGAAAUCUACAACACCGAUGCAGAAAUCGGUGAAGCCAUUUCUGGAAAGGACAGAGACUCGUUGUUCAUCACUGAUAAGUACUUUGCUGGAGACUCCAGCUACAAGGCCAGAUCUUCCUUGGGUACGCCUUACGACUCGUUGAAGUUUCACUUGGCCAACAAGUUGAAGACCGACUACGUGGACUUGUACUUGCUUCACGCUCCAUUUAUCAAGAAGGAGACCCACGGCUUCGAUUUGAAGGAGGCCUGGCAGUCCCUUGAGAAGGCCGUGGAUGACGGACUCACCAAGAAUAUUGGUGUUUCCAACUUUUCCGUGGAUGACUUGAAGGAGGUGUUGGAGGUGGCAAAGAUUAAGCCCGUUGUCAACCAAAUCGAGUUCAACGCUUACUUGCAGAACCAGACACCGGGAGUGGUUGAGUUUUCGCAGCAAAACGGCAUCUUAGUGGAAGCCUACAGUCCAUUGGGUCCAAUCGUCAAGGGUGAGCCAGGCGAAUUCACUGAAUAUUUAGACACUUUGGGUUCCAAAUACAGCAAGUCUGCUUCUCAAGUUUUGUUGAGAUGGGUUAUCCAGAAGAACGUGUUGCCUGUAACCACUUCUGCUAAGGAGGAGAGAAUUGCUCAGUUUGUGGAUCUUUUCAACUUUGAGUUGGCUGACGAGGAGGUGAAGAAGAUUACUGACUUGGGAGCAAAACACCCCGUGUUGAGACAAUACUGGACGACUGAGUAUGCCAAGUACGAUUAA